AGUCCUAUAAAAGUUCCAGUCUUGGGGUGGCUCAUGUCAGACCCUCUUGUGAAAAACAAGUGUCAUCAACAGACAAUUUAUAAAUAAAUUAAAACAAUAUAUAUUUAUAAAUAUUAAUUAUAAAUAAAUUUAAUUCAUGAAGAAGUAAACACAAAGAUGUCGUUAUCCAGAACACUCUGGUUAUUCAUGACCCUCAUGGUGGGUUUGAGUUUAGCAGCAUCGUCAUUAUCUCAUCAGAAAAAAGAGGAAUCACUCAGAAAUGCUCUUGCUGCUGUUACAAGAAAACAAAGAUCCCUUAAUUCACUUCCACAAGAUUACUACAAUGACUUACGAUCAUUCAAGUAUCAUGGUGAGCCUGUGAUUAAAUUUGACAGAGAAGAAAUACCAGAUCUAGAUGAAGAUGAAGAAGAACUUGAAUUUCUUCCAAUGGAUAAUGGACAACUCGAGACAAUUGGGGGUGGAUUCCAAAAUUUAAAUAACAAGAGACUUGAACGAGCUCUUAUUGAUUAUCUUGAUUCUCCACCAGUACAAAAAGAAGCCGUAUCUUCACUAUUUCGUGAACGUGAAAGAUCUGGUAACCGAAAACGUACACUAAACUCGGAACGUUUUAAUGCAAAUGAUAAAGAAUUGGCACGAUUGUUUGUGGAGGGACUCCAAAAUUGUGCACCUCAUGGUGAAGAUCGUGAAGAAGCUGAAUAUCAACCAGUAGAUCUUUCACAACCAAUAUAUGACCGUUAUAAAUUUGAAACAACAAAUAAACUAGACACACAUGUACCAAUAUCAUGGGCAAAUGUAUUUCCAAAAAAUCAAGAUAAUAAUGAUGAAAAUUUAGCACUAUCAGAUACAUAUAAAAAUGUACCAGUUAAAGUUGGUGGAGGAUAUGUUAUGCUAUCAGUUCCAGUAUCACGUAAAAAUAAAGAAGAAUUAUAUUCUGAUACAAGACAAGGACAUAUGACAAAACAUUUUCCAAUAGCCAAAAGAAGUCCAAAACCAUUGCCAAAAACACAGGUCACUGAUCCAAAAAUUGCACAAGAUCUUGGUGCACUAUUUGGCAAUGAAGAAUAUAAUAAAACAAAUGAUGAUAAUACAAAAAAAUUAUUAUCACAAAUACCAAAAACUGAAACAAAUGUUAGUCCAGAUCAUGGAAAUAUGGAUCAUAUACAUUUGAGUGCAGGUAAUAGCGAUACAACAACACGUAAACCAAUUCCAACUGUUCGUUCAAUAUCAAGAAAAGAACAACAAAUUAAUAUGGGAAAAGGACUUGAACAUCCAAUUGAUGUUAGAAAAAAAAGUAUUGAUUGGUCACAAUAUUUUGGUAUUGAUCGUAGAAGAAAAAAAACAUCAUUACUUGCUCGUCCUGGUACACAAGAUCAAGAUGAUGAAUGGUUACUUCAAAAAUAUUAUAAAACAAUGGCAGAUAAUUUAAAAACACCAAUGAAAGAUAUGACAAAAGAUAAUGGUGAAAAACGUGAUAAAUUAGAUCAAAUGGAUGAAAAAUUAAAAAAUGUUAAAAAUCUUAUUGUUGAAGAUGCAGUUAGAUAUUCAACAACUGGUGAUGAUACUGAUUCACAAGAAGUUAAAGAUGUUGUUAUUGCACGUUUAGCAGCAGCUUAUUCAUUGGAAAAAAUGAGAAAAGCUUUAAAUGAAUUUCGUAAUAGUAUAACAGCUCAACGAGAUAUUCAACGAGUUUCUCAUAAUAAAAAUGAUAAUUCAAGUGAUGAUAAUAAGGAAAAAAAUGAUAAUAAUAAUAGUAAUCAUGAAAAAAGAAAUAGUAAUAUGGUUGAUGAUGAUGAUGAUGACGCUAUACCUUUUGAAGUAUUUGAUGAAGAACGAGGUUCAAAUUGUCAAGAACUUGAAGCUAUUGAAAUGAGUUGUAAGCCAGCAAAGAGUCUUAUACCUGGUUUAUUUGCUCCAUGUGUUAUGCACCAAGUUUGCAGAUCAUGUAAUAACGAGGAUGAAUGUAUGGCACUUUAUGCAAUGGAAGUUGCACAAAUAUGUGAUAAUUUAUCAAUUGAUGAUGUUCGUGAUUCACGAAGUUAUUGUGCUAAAACUGCUCUUGUUAUUGCAUCUCAAUUACAAUCAUCUGGAAUUGGUAGUUCAUUGUGUCAUGGUGCAGUUGCUGAUACGUGUCUUCGACGUUUUCGUAAUCGUCAUCGUUCUUCUUAUCCUAAUAACGCACAACAACAGCAACAACAACAUCAUCAUGGUAUCAACAACAAUGGCUUUGACAUGACAAUGAAACGAUAAAUAUAAUAUUAAAAUGUUUGUCAAAAUGGCCUGUGUCAUAUCAUCUUAAUUCUUCCGUCUAUUUGCACUAAAUUAUAUUUGAAAAAAAAAAAAUAUUAAAAUAUAGAAACUCACGUGAUCUUCUAUGACACGUUGAUAAUAAUUUAUGGAAAUUUGAUAAAUAAAUAUUUCGACAAAAAAAAAAAAUAUUGCAUUAAAUUUUAGAAUAACAAAUGGCAGCUUUUAAAAUGAUAUGCAAUUUAUUUGUUUUUUGUCUUUUAGUUUAAAAGACUAUUUGGAAAAAGAUAAAGUGAUAAAAUAAAUUAUCAAUGAGCUAACAGAGAUUUAAUCUUAUCAAUUGAGAUAAAAAAGGAAAAAUAAGAAAAUAUAGGAAAAAUAAAAAAAAUAUAAAUACAUAUAUAUAUAAAUAUAAAUGUAUUGCUUCGUACAUUGUGUACCUGAAUGUGUAAUUGGAUUAAUAUAUAAGAAUUUGUUAAUAAUAAUAUACUAUUAUUAUUAUUAUAUUUAAUUUAUUCAAGAGAUUAUACUGGUCCCUCUGGUAAUCGAAUUUUUUUAUAAUUUUGCUGAAUCCGCAACAAACACGAUAACAAAUUUAUCUUGAAUGUUUAUUUAACAUAAAAAAAAAAAGAAACACGUUAUAUUAAAA